UUUGCCUUUACACGGUGUAACGUUCAGACAGACGCUGUAACGUUAACGGUCGGUGGGUCUCUGCUGCAGUUUAACUUGGUUAAAGAUUUAAUCCUCCGCGUUGUUUACCGUCAACAUGUCGCACACCGUCAUCACCACAACAACAACAACCACCAGGACGUCCGGUGACGGUGUCCUGAACAUGGGCUACACCCGGACCAUCCCGGGACUGCUGAAGAUGGGACAGAUGCUCGCCCUCCUCAUCGCCUUCCUGUGCGUCCACUGCGCUCGCGGUUGGCCCAGCUGGGCGGCCUUCCAGUACUUCGAGGUGGUGGCGAUGUGGUUCCUCAUCGCCCUCGUCAUCUUCUUCCUCAUGCACCUGUUCAGGCUGCAGGGAAGGAUGCCGUGCAUCAACUGGCCGCUGACGGAGUUCUUCCAUUACUCCGUCGGCACCGUCCUCAUCUUCAUCGCCUCCAUCGUCGCCGCUGUGAAGGCUGGAGGCGUUUCAGCGCUGGUGGCCGGAUCGGUGUUUGGGUUCAUAGCGACGUUCCUGAUGGCCGUUAGUUUGUGGACGUCUUACAGCGUGACUUGUGGCCCUCAUCAGACGGGUGCAGCAGUGUAAUGAGCGAUCCGUCAUGAAGGAACCAGACGGCUGUGUUGGCAGUUUGCUGUGUCCUGGUCAAUUUUCUGCCUAGCAACCACCUGGAUAAUGAACCCGAUUGGAUUAUAAUUCGUACUGCAGACGUAAUAGAACAGCUGAUCCUGGACCAGCCGCUGCUUUCUGAUACGUAAAUAUCCCUGAUCAUAACAGUAAAAACCUGAACGGACAGUAGUCGCAGUAUAACUGAUGUCCAGAAUCCGUUUUGUUAAAUUUCUCAUUGAAUCCUAUCGAAGCUCUAAAGUCACAUUUUAAAGGUGCUCAGUGUCACAUUGUAAACGUAUCAGUAACACAUUUGGAGUACGUAUCAACGGAUGACACAGCGGUGCAAACAAUCAGUCACAUUGUUGUUGUUCCCAUCACCCCUGCUGCUUCCUGCCCGUUCCCCCGGCGUUCCCUAAAGGUAGACAUUUCGUUUUUUCCCUUCUUCCGCUGUCAAAGAUUUAGAGGAGCUUUUUAUAGAAAAGCUGAAGUUGUUCUAGCUCUAAAGAAACAGCGCCCCCUUCCUGUCGAGUGCCAUAAAGCGAUCUCCCUCUAAAACCUCCAAAAAGUGUGAGUGCUGCCACAGUCACACGUCUCCGUAUCGUCUCUUUGUUGCAUUUACUCAGUGGUUUACAGUAACUAGCUUCAUUUGCUCGAUUCGUUCUCAAAGUUCUCGUCAUUCCAACUUUAUUUUAUUCUACUUUAAUAAUUCCUCGAGCUCAGUAAAAGCAGUCUGGACCACGGAUGCACUUAACUCUUUUUAAAAUCACAUUUCUUAAAUGCCCAGUAAUGAAAUGAUGCACAGUAAAGCCCUGUUAGCCUGCUAUGCUAAUUUUUGCUAGCACACUGAAAUAUACAGCUCCUCAUUCGAGUGUGCUAACAAACAUUAACAAGCUUUUAUUUCACAGAAAAUAACUUGCAUGCUAAUGACUUUGUUAGCAUGCUAAACCAUGUACUCAGGGGCUAAUACUUAGGUGUGCUAAAUAACAAUAGCAUGCUAAAACUUUACGUGAAUUGAAACAACGAAACAGGAAACAUUAGCAUGCUAACAAUGCAAACAAACACAACAACCAAGAAAAAAAAAAAAAGUCUGGUGAUAAUUAACAUUUCUGUUACUCUCAACAAAUCCUGUGUGCAGCACCAAAUGUGUUCAAUACAUCCGCCGCUGAAAAUAGUCCCCAACGAAUGUGCUAUUUCCUCGUGUUUGUUUGAUAAAAACUACAGCGAGCAGCUGUUUUAGGAACUACUGAACCUCUUUAAACAUGAAACAAGAGUUUUUUUAGAUGUUUUACGUCUUCAGCAGGAACCAGUGAACAAUCUGAACACAUUGUUGGUUUAAUUCUGCACCUUUAAUUCUGAGAAAAAUACAGAAGAACAGAAGCGACGGUAAUUUUCCUACUGUGCGGAAAAGAGACGUUCACUAAAGUUAACUUAAUCCUGCUUUAUCUGGGGUGGGGCAGUAACUCCACAGAAACAUCACAUUAACUUCCCACAGAGUUCAGUGAGCAGCCAUAAAGACAUACUCUUUAUCUUGAGCAGCCAUGAGUUCAGUAGCAAACGACUGUGUGCAGCAUUGAUUACAGUUUCUCUACAAUAUGCUGUCCAGUUUCUCACAGACAGGACCUGUGCCACUGUCCUUGGUGCUCUUAUAAACCAAACUGUUAACCAUUUGAAUUUGAAUUCACUCUGAUGUUCAUGCACUUAGAAAGCACACAGGUAGGUGACAGUUUUAAAUGAUGCCAAAAUAGACAGCAGUGUCCACAUUGAAGUGAAAAGUGAUGAUGAUGGAAGCUGCCAGGGAGGUCGUAGGGUUGACAAAAUUACUGGUGUGGAAAUCUGUUUGCACGGAGGAAUAAACUUCACACACAUAUAUUAAUAAAACCUCUGCACAAAUUAAUAUUAUUAAGUUAUAAUAAUAAAACUUAUAGAUAUUGUAAGUUAAACAUAGAUUUAUAAUGUUAAUCUGCAUGUUAAUAUGAACAUGUGAAUUAAUGAAUGUACGCACAGAUUACAAUUAUGUACAGAUUAAUAAAAGGUUUUUAUGUGUUAUUAAACAUAUGCAUUAGUUAAUAAAACAUCUGUACUGAUUAAUAAACCCACAGGUUGUUGUAUUGUACAUUUAAUGUAAACUGUAUCCAUGAACUAAAAAAACUAUUAAAACGUGCACAAGAGUUAAUAAAGAAAUAAACAAAUUAAUAAAAUGUACUUAAAUUAAAUUUAAGGAUGAAUUAAAAUGGAUACAUAAAUAUAGUAUAGUAAUUCAUAAUCUACUGUUGCUGUUUGGGUCAAAUUUAGACUUCUGGAAGAUGCAUCUGGCAUUCAGAUAUAAAGCUGGUUAUUACCUUUUAUUUGAUGCAUUUAAUUGUCAUACCAGAUAAAUGAAAGCACAGACUGAUAACUAGCGUCGGAAAAAUAGUUAAAAACUACUAUAAAUAUCUGAUAUGAUGCACUUAAUAAAAAACAGAAAUAAGUCACAGCAUGUUCUCUCUGACUGUUAAAGCACAAGAUAUACAGAAACAUACCUCUCCUGGCCUGUUACUCAUCCUUGCAUGUUGUUGUAUUUCGAUGACUUUGAUUAUUAAUCUGUGCUUUCAUUGAUGUAAACACUUUAUUAAUCUGUGUUUUCAUUGAUGUAAACACUUUAUUAAUCUGUGCGCACAGAUUUCCACAUCACAUGACCCCCCCGCUCCGUAGUGUCCUCACCAGUCUUGUGUGUGUGCCGUUCAACAGAAGGAAUAACACACCAAUGAGUAGCAGCAGUGGAUAAAAAUGCAGUUAGUCUUUUAGUUCUACAAAUAUGGGCUGAGCGUUGGGUGGAGGUGGUAAAGUGCUCUGCUGCAGACGGGAAGAGGACAACCGUGUUGUUAUGUGCUUGAGAAAAUGGGCUGGUUCUCGGUGUUUGGUGUUGAUGCCAAAACCACUUUAAUUUUUUAUACCUUUCUUUGAAGAAAAAACUUUUCUUACUUGACAAUAAAAGAAGCCAGCCUUCUAAAAUGUUAAAUGUUUUCUAGCUAAUUUUACUGGAUAGUUUUACUUUACAGUGAAGGUGAAUGGGGACGAACCAUAAAGAAAUGGCAGACGAAGUUAAAACAACUCGUGCAACGUCGUCGUUUGUGUAGGAAAUUAACUAUGAGAACAAAUAUGAGUGCGUUAAAAUAGUUUUUGCUAAUUUUAAUGCUUUGCCAGCAUUAACUAACAAGCUGAUUCUGGCCUGUUUCGGACCCAUGGUUGAAAAGAUAAACAGUAGUUUAAACCAGUUAGUUUUACAAUAAAAGUGUUUUUAAGUCCGUAACCAACAGCUAGUCAACACGUUAGCUAGCUUGCUGACCUCUGAACACAUUUAAAGCCCACCAGUGAGCUAACCUGUGGAAAGUUCUGUAAAAAAUAUUUGUAGAAUUAAAAAUCCUAUUGGCUGUUUGAAUGUGCUGGAAUACAGAGGGUGUGGUCUGUGACUUAAUGGGGGGCCUUCCUGCCAUUUCUUGUUACAAAACUCUUGAUGAUGUGAAACUAAACUCUGCUUUCAGUCAGAGACGUUAAUCCUCAGAUUACUGCCUUACUGUCGAUCAGAUGCCAAAAAAUCUCCGUGUGAUGCUUCAGAUUGUCACUGAAUGUGUUCUUACAUUUCCUCUGAAGCAGCUCCGAGUACACAAUGAAGGAUUUUUGUCUAAUUUAAUUAAAAUCGAAUGUUUCACUAUGACUCUGACCAUGUGGGAGUUGAGUUGUACAUGACAAAUUAUAAUGGAUUGAAAUACAGAUUAUGGUCUUAUUUCUGGUGCAUCCCUUAAAGCCCCUACACACUGUGUGAUAACAGCGGUCCAACAGGUUCACUGUGAGAUCGGUAUGAUACAGUCUUGGUUGCAGCAGUCAGACUGAGUCAGCUUUGAAGCAUGUCAGAUUAUGAGAUGAAUGUCCGGGUUAGGAACAAAACUGACCCAAAGAAAACUGACCUGAACCCAACAUGCAUAAAAUCAUUUUCAAAAUAAAAAAGAUACCUUGAAUUUGAACGCAGACUAGAUAACCCAGGCAAGGUAAGGCAGUUGCAUUAACAGCCUCAACUUGUUCACAAGUCUUUCCAAAAUACUCCCAUACACAUUGUUCAGAUAGUUUGGUAGCGUGAUUGUCUGUUUGACUCAAAUAGCUGUUUCACUAUAGUCGGGUUCUCUGAAAGAUCAGCAGAUAUCAAUGGAUCCGAUCAGGUUUUAUGAAUCAUCGGUUGGCUCUUAUAGUUGGUGGACGUGUCUCUUGGUGUGAUCUACACGCCUGUCUGAGAUGGCCCAGAAUUGCACAGUGUAUAGGGGUCUCUACAGUGCAACACCCUGUAAAAGCUGUUUUCCACAAAGUUAAACAUUGCUGCAUUUCACUUUCAGAUACGUGUCCUAGAUGUUCACAUAUGCUGUGUAUUCGCUGCUUCACUUUACUGUAUUUUCUCUUUGCUCUGGACCAGUUUGACAUGUAAGCUUUAUUUCUACUAUAGAUGCACUGAUAAAAUUUCUUAAUUGUCAAUACCAUUUUAGCUGACCAAUUAAAUGAUCCCCUAUAGGGCUGCACGAUAUGGUAAAAGAAACCAUAUUGCAUUUAAUCUAUUACGAUUGCAAUCGUGGGAAAGAUAAUUUUUGCAUUGCAAUUUUAAAUUUCACUGAAAAAAACUAGAUUUAUUGGGCUGUGUACAAAACAAUCAUGUUUUCUGAUGUUUGGAGAACAAGAUUUGUAUUCUUCUCUCCGCUCUGUUCAUCACAUUUUACCUUUCAUUAAAAAUAUUGCAGCUUCUGCGUUUUGGAUUUUGCACUUGGCCAUGUUGCGAUUUUGAUAGUAUUUGCAUUAAUUGUGCAGCUCUAAUCCAAUCUGAUGUAAAUGAAUGUCAGGAGCUGAAGCACUUAUUUAAUGUCACUGGAUACGAUAAUUGAGGUCAGUGUGCUUUGAUUUGCUUCAAGAUUUUGUAUUUCUAUUGUUGAACUUUUGAUAUACCGAGUUUUUCCAUCAGAAUCUGCCCAGUAGCAAGUUUUGGUAUCGAAUUCGGAUAUUUUUUAUUGGUGCAUCCUUUAUUUUUGGACCUUUUAAAGCUGGGUUUUAUAUUGCUGCCUGGACGUUUUGUGUGGAGCCAGAAUGAGUCUGUCCAUCAGUUUGGGCCUUUGUGUUUUCAGAAGGAGAUUUCAACCUGAUGAAUGAAACUUGAGCUCUAACUGUUAACAUUACAUUAUUCUCCUCAUCCUCUUUUCUCCUUUUAGAAAAGAUUCUUAUCACAUGAACUUUGACCCAUUCUGACUCCAGGCCAGACAAAACCAGACUGUUUACGUAAUUUAUUUCCGCUUGUAUGUAUUUUCUGAUGCUUAAAGAUUCUAUUCUCACUGAUGCAAAGUGACCUGAUGUAAGGCUGUUAGUCCACUGGGAGGCUGGUAAACGGUCUGUUGGCCAAUAACUGAUCCCGGACCGUCAGACGAUAUAUUACAGUUUAGGAUGGAUAUUUCAUGGAACCCGGAGAAAUAUGUUACAGCAACAAAGUAAGAGAUAAAGACUCAUCAAACUGGAGGCAGGAGGAAGUUUUUGGAGUUGUUUCAGAUGUUAAAAUACAAGACUUAUACUGACAGCAAAAUGCCUCAUCCAUUAGAACCAAUAUGAACCAUAUACAAUGGCGCUACAUCUGAACGGCCCCUUACGCUGUUUCUUCAAACCUUCUGCUGUUAUGAUUGUAUAAAUAAAAUUGAUUUGAGAUGAUUUUACUAACACCUUGAAAGUUGUGUCGCAGCCAGUGACGAGAAUGAUCGCCUACCUGUGAGUUUGUAUUUUCAACACUCUUCCCGCAAUGAAUUUGACCAGCGUGUUGACAUAUAUAAAUAUAUAAAUAUUAAUUCACGGUUCUGGAUCAGCGCUAGUAGCUAACGAGCUAAAACAGCAGAAUCGUCCUUAAAACAGGAAGAGCCCAGUGGACUCAGACAACCUGACAGUUUAUAUUAUUUAGGUUUUUCUCCAAAGUGCCUUAAUGUUCUGUUGUUGUAUAGAUCGGUCCAUUAACCUGCUAUUUGCAAGCUAAUGGGCCGGCUUCAUUUCAGUGAGGAAAGAAACUGAACCACAUUCAUUAGGCGAGGUGUGUCUUAAGGAUUGUGGUGUUGGCGUGGAGAAAUGAAGUGAUUUUAUUGUGCUUUUAGGAGAAAGGAUGUCCACAGUAUUAUAAGUCACAUCACAAAGAGCUCACAUGACCUGUGUUGUUUUUCUACAUUUUAAAAAAAGUGUGUUUAAACUACAAGUUGUGAUUUGUUGCAUGUUGUAAAAUAAAGGCUCAUUGCACCA